AUGGCUAGCGUUGGGCAUGGAAAUGGACUCAUAAAUGGUGUAGUAUCGAAUAAGCACACUGCUACAAUAUCUGAAGUAGAUGAAUUCUGCAAUGCCCUUGGGGGAAAUAGGCCGAUUCAUAGUAUAUUGAUUGCGAACAAUGGAAUGGCGGCUGUCAAGUUUAUACGCAGUGUUAGGAGUUGGGCUUACGAGACGUUUGGCACGGAAAAGGCUAUCUUGUUGGUUGCCAUGGCUACUCCAGAAGACAUGAGAAUCAAUGCAGAACAUAUCAGAAUAGCUGAUCAGUUUGUGGAAGUACCUGGUGGGACCAAUAACAAUAACUACGCCAAUGUGCAGCUUAUUCUAGAGAUUGCCGAGAUAACUCAUGUUGAUGCGGUAUGGCCUGGUUGGGGUCAUGCAUCAGAGAAUCCUGAGCUACCAGAUGCAUUAAAAGCAAAAGGAAUUGUAUUUCUUGGGCCUCCUGCAGUAUCUAUGGGGGCAUUGGGAGAUAAAAUCGGUUCAUCGUUGAUCGCUCAAGCAGCCAAUGUGCCAACCCUUCCAUGGAGUGGUUCACAUGUAAAGUUUUUCUCCCAUUGUAGUGAGCUCAGCUUUAAAAGCAAACCAAAUGUUUGGGCUUACUUCUCUGUUAAGUCUGGAGGAGGAAUCCAUGAAUUUUCAGAUUCUCAAUUUGGACAUGUUUUUGCCUUUGGAGAAUCGAGGGCUUUAGCAAUUGCAAAUAUGGUUUUGGGGCUGAAGGAAAUUCAAAUUCGAGGAGAAAUUCGUACUAACGUUGAUUAUACAAUUGAUCUUCUGAAUGUAAAUUUUUAUCAUGAUGACAAGGGAUUGGAAUCACCCGCUGAUGGUAGACGUUCAUCUGAGUCUAUCUACCGUAUUGGAGAUAAUGGAACUUCAGGGGGGACAAAUUAG